CGAGGGCCAUGGGAAGCUGACGGUGUUUUCCGUGAAAGCCAUGUUAGCCACCAUGUGCGGAGGGAAAAUCCUGGACAAACUGAGAUACGUCUUCUCCCAGGUGUCGGACUCCAGCGGGCUGCUCGUACUCGCCAAGUUCGACCAGUUCCUGCGCGAGGUGCUCAAGCUGCCCACGGCCGUGUUCGAGGGGCCCUCCUUCGGCUACACGGAGCACGCGGUGCGGACGUGCUUCCCGCAGCAGAAAAAGAUCACGCUGAACAUGUUUUUAGACACGCUGAUGGCCGACCCGCCUCCCCAGUGCCUUGUGUGGCUGCCCCUCGUACACAGACUUGCCCACGUUGAAAAUGUGUUCCACCCCGUGGAGUGCUCCUACUGCCGCUGCGAGAGCAUGCUGGGCUUCCGCUACCGCUGCCAGCAGUGCCACAACUACCAGCUGUGCCAGGCCUGCUUCUGGCGCGGCCACGCCAGCGGCACGCACAGCAACCAGCACCAGAUGAAGGAGCACUCGUCCUGGAAGUCGCCGGCGAAGAAGCUGAGCCAUGCCAUCAGCAAGUCCCUGGGCUGCGUCCCCAGCAGGGAGCCUCCCCGGCCCGUGUUCCCCGAGCAGCCGGAGAAGCCCCUCGACCUGGCGCACAUCGUCCCUCCUCGGCCCCUGCCUAACAUGAACGACACCAUGGUGACCCACACGUCCUCCGGAGCGCCCACUCCCACAAAAAGCGUCCUGGACAGCCCGAGCCGGCUGGACGAGGAGCACCGGCUGAUCGCCCGCUACGCCAUCCUGGGCUGCAUUAAGAAGAGCAUCUCUAGCAGGUCGAGGGAGCGUGGCUCAGCAGACCUGGGCUUCAACUUCGACGCCAACAAACAGCAAAGGCAGCUGAUAGCAGAGCUGGAAAACAAAAACAGGGAGAUCCUGCAGGAGAUCCAGCGGCUGCGGCUGGAGCACGAGCAGGCGUCGCAGCCCACCCCGGAGAAGGCCCAGCAGAACCCCACGCUCCUGGCCGAGCUGCGGCUCCUACGGUAACGGCAGGACCCUGCUCGCGUGCGCGAAUUGGCGCUGCAGGAGAGCAGGCGGGAGCUGAUGGUGCAGCUCGAGGGGCUGAUGAAGCUGCUCAAAGUAAGCCGGGGCGUCCCGCGCCGCAUCCCGAACAGUCCACGGCGCUCCCAGAGUCACUGUGCUUGGAAAACACCUCCGGGAUUGCCAAAUCCAUCC